AUGAUCCUGUCCCGUCGUGGUCGUGUACAGGUGUCGCCGCUCGCAGUCUGGCCGCCGCGCGUGCGUAGUCUACAUGGCCGACGGGACGGACCGCUAGGAACUGCCGGUACCACUAUCAAUUGUGGAUGCUGGUGUUUCGAGGGCAUCGUGGCCCAAACAAUCAAACCCACGACAGCAGAGCAACGUGCUGUCUGUCUCGGAGUAUUUUCAGAGCGUCGACGCGGUCCUAAUGUAGCAGCGACACGCCGCGGCCCAUUGGGCUUGGGCGAGGUUCAGACUUCAACACGUCGCUUGGCGCCCAACGCUGGAAAUAUCGCGGGCGGCAGCGAUUCCCAUUUGAUUAAGGCCUCGUCGCAAACCCACUUCCGCACCAUGCAGCGCGAGCAGUCGAGCAAUGGCAUCUCCGAGCGCUGCUGCAGGCGCCUGGCAAGGCAGAAGGUCCUCCGACAGAAAGCAGCACGGAUGUUGGAUGGGGGCUCCAUACAGGGCCUCCAGCCAGCAGCCGCUUCGAGGCCAGCGCAGCAGCGUGUCGCAGGCAGGGCUGAGGGUGUUCGCGCAGAAAGUGAAGCGGACUCACCUCCUGCCGCUGCUGCCAUUGGCCGCGGAUGGGGGAGACACAGCGAGCAUUACAGUGAUACUGUAUCGUCUCGCCGCGCAUCCCGGCAGCUGCCCUCGACGAGAGACUCGGGCCAUGCGAGACUGUGCGCUGCGUAGACUAGCGGACGCACGUCGCCCGGAUUGAAGCGUGCGACGAGGUCUUGAAGCGUGCGUGGGAGGGGGGCAGAUCGGGAGUGAGGGCCCCGAGGAGCACGGAGGGGAGAGAGGGUGACUUGGGAGAGGCCUGGGCAGGAAAGAGGGGCUCG